UUAUACCUCACAGGAGGAGGGCCAGCUAUGGAUGACUACAUGGAGACACUGAAGGAUGAAGAGGAUGCCCUGUGGGAGAAUGUGGAAUGCAACCGGCACAUGCUGAGCCGCUACAUCAACCCUGCCAAGCUCACCCCCUACCUUCGACAGUGCAAGGUCAUCGAUGAGCAAGAUGAAGAUGAGGUGCUCAAUGCACCCAUGCUCCCAUCCAAGAUCAACCGGGCAGGCCGCCUGUUGGACAUUCUUCACACCAAGGGACAAAGGGGCUAUGUGGUCUUCCUGGAGAGUCUAGAGUUUUACUACCCAGAACUUUACAAGCUGGUGACUGGGAAGGAGCCUACCCGGAGAUUCUCCACCAUUGUGGUGGAGGAGGGCCAUGAGGGCCUCACACACUUCCUGAUGAACGAGGUCAUCAAACUGCAGCAGCAGGUGAAAGCCAAGGACCUUCAGCGCUGUGAGCUGCUGGCCAAGUCCAGGCAGCUGGAGGAUGAAAAGAAGCAGCUGACCCUGACGCGGGUGGAGCUGCUGACCUUCCAGGAGCGGUACUACAAGAUGAAGGAGGAGCGGGACAGCUACAACGAUGAGCUGGUCAAAGUCAAGGAUGACAACUACAACUUAGCCAUGCGCUACGCCCAGCUCAGUGAGGAGAAAAACAUGGCGGUGAUGAGGAGCCGCGACCUCCAACUCGAGAUCGACCAACUCAAGCAUCGAUUGAACAAGAUGGAGGAGGAAUGUAAGCUGGAGAGAAAUCAGUCCUUGAAGCUCAAGAACGACAUUGAGAACCGGCCCAAGAAGGAGCAGGUCCUGGAACUGGAGCGGGAGAAUGAGAUGCUGAAGACCAAGAUCCAGGAGUUGCAGUCCAUCAUCCAGGCUGGCAAGCGCAGUCUACCUGACUCAGACAAGGCCAUCUUGGACAUCCUGGAGCAUGACCGGAAAGAGGCGCUAGAGGACCGGCAGGAACUGGUCAACAAAAUUUACAACCUGCAAGAGGAAGUCCGCCAGGCGGAGGAACUGCGGGACAAGUACCUGGAGGAGAAGGAAGAUCUGGAACUCAAGUGCUCAACCCUGGGGAAGGACUGUGAAAUGUACAAGCACCGCAUGAACACAGUUAUGCUGCAGCUAGAGGAGGUGGAGCGAGAGCGUGACCAGGCCUUCCACUCCCGAGAUGAGGCACAGACUCAGUACUCACAGUGUUUAAUCGAGAAGGACAAGUACCGGAAGCAGAUCCGUGAGCUGGAGGAGAAGAAUGAUGAGAUGCGAAUUGAGAUGGUGCGGAGGGAGGCGUGCAUCGUCAACCUGGAGAGCAAGCUCCGGCGCCUGUCCAAGGACAGCGGCAGCCUCGACCAGAGUCUACCUAGACACCUUCCUGCCACCAUCAUCUCACAGAACCUUGGAGACACCAGUCUCAGAACUAAUGGCCAAGAAGCUGAUGAUUCUUCAACCUCAGAAGAGUCGCCUGAAGAUAGCAAGUACUUUCUGCCUUACCACCCACCCCGGCGCCGGAUGAACCUAAAAGGCAUCCAGCUGCAGAGAGCCAAAUCCCCCAUCAGCAUGAAGCAAGCAUCUGAGUUUCAAGUUAAGGGGCAUGAAGAGGACUUCGCAGACGGCAGUCCCAGUUCCUCCCGCUCGCUGCCUGUCACCAGCUCUUUCUCCAAGAUGCAGCCCCACCGGAGCCGCAGCAGUAUCAUGUCAAUCACCGCAGAGCCCCCGGGAAAUGACUCCAUAGUCAGACGCUGCAAGGAAGAUGCGCCGCACCGCAGCACCGUGGAAGAAGAUAAUGACAGCUGUGGGUUUGACACCUUGGACCUUGACGAUGACAAUCAUGAACGCUACUCCUUCGGACCCCCCUCCAUCCACUCUUCCUCCUCCUCACACCAGUCCGAGGGACUGGAUGCCUACGACCUGGAGCAGGUCAACCUCAUGUUCCGGAAGUUCUCUUUAGAAAGGCCCUUCAGGCCAUCGGUUACAUCUGGGGGCCAUGUGCGGGGCACUGGCCCCUUGGUGCAGCACACAACCCUGAAUGGAGAUGGACUCAUCACCCAGCUCACCCUGCUGGGUGGCAAUGCGCGUGGAAGCUUCAUUCACUCCGUCAAGCCGGGCUCGCUGGCAGAAAGGGCUGGACUUCGUGAGGGCCACCAACUGCUGCUGCUGGAGGGCUGCAUCCGAGGUGAAAGGCAGAGCGUUCCAUUGGAUGCUUGCACAAAGGAAGAAGCCCGUUGGACCAUCCAGAGGUGUAGUGGCCCCAUCACCCUGCACUACAAGGUCAACAAUGAAGGAUACCGGAAGCUGCUGAAGGAGAUGGAGGACGGUAUGAUCACAUCAGGGGACUCCUUCUAUAUCCGCCUGAACCUGAACAUCUCCAGCCAGCUGGAUGCCUGCUCCAUGUCCCUGAAGUGUGACGAUGUGGUGCAUGUCCUGGACACCAUGUACCAAGACAGGCAUGAGUGGCUAUGUGCACGAGUUGACCCCUUCACAGACCAAGACCUGGACAUGGGCACCAUCCCUAGCUACAGCCGGGCUCAACAGCUUCUCCUAGUGAAGCUCCAGCGACUGGUUCACAGGGGCAGCCGGGAGGAGGCGGACAGUGCUCACCACACCCUGCGCAGCCUCCGGAACACCCUGCAGCCCGAAGAGACACUUUCAACCAGCGACCCUCGGGUCAGCCCCCGCCUCUCCAGAGCGAGUUUCUUCUUUGGCCAGCUCCUCCAGUUCGUCAGCCGGUCAGAAAACAAGUACAAACGAAUGAACAGCAACGAACGUGUGAGAAUCAUCUCUGGGAGCCCCCUGGGGAGCCUCUCCCGGUCCUCGCUGGAUGCCACCAAACUCCUGACUGAGAAGCAUGAAGAACUGGACCCUGAGAAUGAGCUCAGCCGGAACCUCACCCUGAUCCCCUACAGCCUAGUGAGCGCCUUCCACUGUGAGCGCCGCCGACCGGUGCUCUUCACUCCCACCAUGCUGGCCAAGACACUGGUGCAGAAGCUGCUCAACUCGGGGGGGGCCAUGGAGUUCACCAUCUGCAAGUCAGAUAUCGUCACAAGAGAUGAGUUCCUCCGGAAGCAGAAGACUGAGACCAUCAUCUACUCCCGGGAAAAGAACCCCAACACCUUUGAGUGCAUCGUCCCUGCCAACAUUGAGGCUGUGGCAGCCAAGAAUAAACACUGCCUGCUAGAGGCAGGGAUCGGCUGCGUGCGCGACCUGAUCAAGUGCAAGGUGUACCCCAUCGUGCUGCUCAUCCGGGUGAACGAGAAGAACAUCAAACGCUUCAGGAAGCUGCUACCACGGCCAGAGACGGAGGAGGAAUUCCUACGUGUGUGCAGACUCAAAGAGAAGGAGCUGGAGGCCCUGCCCUGCCUCUACGCCACCGUGGAGGCGGAGAUGUGGAGCAGCGUGGAGGAGCUGCUGCGUGUCCUCAAAGACAAGAUCGGGGAGGAACAGCGCAAGACCAUCUGGGUGGACGAGGACCAGCUAUGAGUCCGUCUGAGUCUGAGCCGCUGGACACAGACAUGGGGAUCCUGAGCCCCUAGCAAUGAAGUCACCAGAAGCCACCUGGUGGAAGGUCAGGGCCCGCUGGCGUGACAGUGAUGAGCAAGCACAGGACACUGAGCCUGGGGCCCAAACCCAGCAGCCCCUCCAAGGCCAGAGCAGCAGUUGAAUGUAAAUGCAUGGGACAGGGACAGAUGACUACCUGCAAAGUG